UAGAGUACAGCGUAUAAAGUCUCAGUUUGGUAAAGAACCGAUUUGAGCUACAAAAUAUUGUUCUCUGAUUUGUAAUCACUUCUCUUCUCGUUCUAAAUCAUGGAAGCUGUGGGUGGAGCUUUUCUCUCUGCUUUCAUUGAAGUUGUUCUCGACAGGCUUGCUUCUCCUCAGUUUUCUAAUUUCAUCACUGGAAAUAAGCUUGAUGUCAAUUUGAUCCAAAGGUUGAAAAACACUCUUUAUGCUGUUGAAGCUGUUUUGAAUGAUGCUGAGCAAAAACAAAUCAAAGACUCUGCUGUUAACAACUUUUGAAGCUUACUCUCUUGAGCAAUUGUCUGAGGAGGAUUGUUGGUCUGUGUUUGCAAACCAUGCUUGCCUUUCUCAAGAAAAAGUUGGCAAAUAGAUUGUUAGAAAAUGUAAGGGAUUGCCUUUAGCAGCACAAUCACUUGGGGGUUUGUUGUGACGGAAACGUGACAUCGGGGAUUGGAAUAAUAUUCUCAAUAGUAAUAUUUGGGAAAUUGAUGAAAAUGAGAGUAAGAUCCUUCCAGCACUAAAAAUUAGUUAUCAUUAUCUCCCUCCCUAUUUGAAACGUUGCUUUGUUUAUUGCUCGUUGUAUCCUAAGGAUUAUACAUUUGAUGAAGACAAUUUGAUCUUGCUGUGGAUGGCAGAAGAUCUCUUACAGCCUCCAAAAAAUGGAAAGACUUUGGAAGAAGUUGGUUAUGAGUAUUUUAAUGACUUAGCUUCAAGAUCUUUUUUUCAACGUUUUGGAAGUGGAAACCACUCCCGGAUUUUUGUGAUGCAUGAUCUGGUGCAUGAUUUAGCAACAUUGAUUGGGGCAGAAUUCUACUUUAGAACAGAAAAACUUGGGAACGAAACGAAGAUUGGUAACAAGACUUGUCAUUUAGCAUUUAACAAGUUAAGUGAUCCAGUGACGGAUAACUUUGAGAUUUUUGACCGAGCAAGAUAUCUUAGGACUUUUUGGACCAUCGAUUAUAGACCUACUCCAUUCAACAAUGAAAAGGCAUUAUGCAUUGUUUUGUCGAAUUUGAAGUGCUUGAGAGUUUUGUCAUUUCAAAGAUUUUCAAAUCUUGAUACAUUGCCUGACUCGAUAGGUGAACUGAUUCAUUUGCGUUAUUUGGAUCUCUCUUCCACAACUAUAAAGACACUACCAGAGUCAGUGUGUAAUCUGCAUAAUCUACAAACCUUCAAGUUGUACUAUUGUGAUCAACUAACCAAACUUCCCAAUGGCAUGCAAAAGCUUGUGAGUUUGCGCUAUCUUGAUAUCCGCUUAACUCUAAAGUUAGAAGAUAUGCCUAGAGAAAUGAGCAAAUUAAACCAUUUGCAACAUUUGAGUUACUUUCUUGUGGGCAAGCAUAAAGAGAAAGGGAUCAAGGAGUUAGGAACACUAUCAAAUCUUCACGGAUCACUUUCCAUUAGUAAAUUAGAGAAUGUUACCGACAACUUUGAAGCAUCACAAGCGAAAAUAAUGGAAAAGAAGUACCUUGAAAAAUUAUCCUUUAAAUGGUCUGAUAAUGCAAAAGACCAAUUUACAAAUUCACAAAGUGAUAUGGAUAUACUUGACAAGUUACAACCUGCCAAGAACCUAAAAAAGGUGUCUAUAUGUGGAUAUAGAGGCACGAGAUUUCCAGAAUGGGUUGGAGAUCCUUCCUACCACAAUUUGACUGAGUUAUAUUUGUCUGAUUGUCAUAAUUGUUGUAUUCUUCCACCACUUGGACAAUUACGCUCUCUCAAGAAAUUGAGAAUCAGUAGAAUGAGUAUGUUGGAGACUAUUGCAUCUGAAUACGGUGAUUCCUUUUCAGGGAUUAUCUUUCCCUCCCUUGAACGUCUUCAGUUUGAUAACAUGCCAUGUUGGGAAGUGUGGCAUCAUCCGCAUGACUCAAAUGCUUAUUUUCCUGUACUCAAGUUUCUUAAGAUUAGUGGUUGUCCCUUAUUGAGGGGAGAUUUGCCAUCUCAUCUUCCUGCUUUGGAAACAAUUCAGAUUGAACAAUGCGACCAACUUGCUUUUUCUCUCCCAUGGGCUCUUGCCAUCCGCAGAUUAGAGAUACGUAGAAACAAUAAAGUAAUGUUGCGAGAGCUACCCCUUUCAUUGGAAGAGAUCGAAAUUCAAGGAAGAGACACAACGAAGUCCUUCUUUGAAAUCAUUGCCAUCACCCUACCAAUUUCCCUGAAAAUUGUAAAGUUCGAGGACUGUUCGUCUUCGUUUCCUGGAGAUUGUUUACCCGCAUCAUUACUGAGUUUGUCCAUCAUAAAUUGUAAAAAUAUAGAUUUUCUAAAGCAAAAGCAGCAUCACGAGUCACUUCAAUGGUUGUAUAUAGAUAGUAGUUGUGAUUCUCUGACAAUCUUCCCACUGGAGACCUUUCCCAACCUCGGUAGUCUCGACAUCCACAAGUGUGAAAAUCUAGAAUGUAUAUCCGCUUCGAAGAUUCUUCAAAAUCUUAACGACAUUUUCAUUACCAACUGCCCCAAAUUAGUUUCAUUUGCAAGAGAUGGAUUGCCUGCGCCCAACUUGAGAAAAUUGUUUGUGUUCAGUUGUGUUAAUUUAAAGUCAUCGCCUUGUCACGCAAAUACUCUUCUCCCGAAGUUAGAAUACCUGAGUAUAUGAGAUUGCCCAGAAAUGGAGACGUUUUGUGAAGGUGGUAUGCCGCCUAGCUUGAGAUCACUUGAGAUAGUGAAAUGGAGACGUUUUGUGAAGGUGGUAUGCCGCUUGCCUCUCGUAAGUACCAAAUGUGACUGUGCACAGAGCUGGACAAACCAAUCCAAAUAAUUUGCGGUAGACGUCAACAGGUUCCUAUGCCCUCUCCAAAUGAUGUUGCACAGUUUUGCAGCUGGAUUUAGUUAUUAUUUCUGCUUUUUAAUGGAGUCCUCACAAGUAUAGGCAAAUUGCUAUGAUUAUGCUGCUUCACCUAUGUUAUGAAUUCUGUUUUGGGGUGAUAGGGUCUUAUGCAUGAGAAUACUGAAGUAGGGAAAUGAUGAGUGCUGGAUAUAGGAAGGGUUUCUAUCUCAGCAAGGGCGUUCUCUCUCAUCAGAGCGUAAUUAUCAUUUCUGCGAGGAGAUCAUAUCAUCUCCAUCCAUUGUUAUUUUUCAAUUCAUUUUGCUAUUCUGUGUUGGCUCAUAACAUGAGAGAUUAAUUAGUCUAUUUCAUUUUCGAUCCAUUGUUAUGAAUUAAACUUCUGUUGUUGUUUUUAAUCUUCUUUCUUUUCAGCUGGUGACUUAAUUAAGGAUUCUCAUUCUAUUGACUCUUGGGUUAGUGUUCUGGUUUUUGAAGCAGCUGGUCUAUAAUUGUUAA